UUUAUUCCCGUAUUAAAACUGGCUCCCCUUGUCUCAGGCGCCUGAUAGGCCGACCUGAGGGCAACAGCAUCCCACGCGCCACCGUAGCCACGCCCCCCGCCUUCCCCCAGGAUCUACUACCGGUAAACGUCACCGCUGCGCUACGGAUGUGUGAUGCAACCGAAUGGAAGGAUAUCUCGGAACAAGUUUUGAUUUUCCUUCAUAGAAUCACUUUCGGAACGACGCUUCGUAGUAACAAUUUUGUAUUUGCCGUGUGCCCCUCUUGUAUUCGGUUUCUCUGUCAAUAAAACUGUGGGUUUUCCCGCAGUCUCCCCCGCUUGCUAACGUUAGCCGCUCGGUAACUCCAGAAGGGAACUAGCGUUAGCCAACGUUAGCAACCCGUUGUUUUGAUUCAAUACCACUCCUUUUUUUUAAAUAAUAAUUUCUCAGUCCGUCUUCUCCUAUUUGUUCUCUACAAGCCGCCAUCCACUGGGCUUCCCUAUGUUCUUAUUUUGAAGCGCUGGGUGUCAGCGGACCUCUUCACUUCUUGUUGAGUGAAUCUUUUUUUUUUUAAAUGGCCACGGCCGCGGCCCCUGCGGCCCCGGGCCCCACCGCGGCCACUGAAAGCACGAGCCCCGGACCCAGCAGCUCGACGCCGGCCGACGGCGGCAACCAGGACAGCACCUUCGAGUGUAACAUCUGCCUGGACACCGCCAAGGACGCGGUGAUCAGCCUGUGUGGACACCUCUUCUGCUGGCCUUGCUUGCAUCAGUGGUUGGAGACCCGACCCAACAGACAAGUGUGUCCAGUGUGCAAAGCGGGCAUCAGCCGAGACAAAGUCAUCCCCUUAUAUGGACGAGGAAGCACAGGUCAACAAGACCCCAGAGAAAGAACCCCUCCGCGACCGCAGGGGCAGAGGCCUGAGCCCGAAAACCGCGGUGGCUUUCAGGGGUUCGGCUUUGGUGACGGGGGAUUCCAAAUGUCAUUUGGAAUCGGCGCCUUUCCGUUUGGUAUUUUUGCCACGGCUUUUAACAUCAACGACGGCAGACCACCUCCAGCUCCUGGGACUCCACAGCACACGGACGAACAGUUUCUGUCUCGACUCUUCCUUUUUGUCGCCUUGGUGAUUAUGUUUUGGCUGCUGAUUGCGUAAAUGCACGAAAAAAAAACGACUCACCGGGACACAAUAUUAAUUUGACUGAGAUGCAACAUUGUGGCACAUUAUCACAGUUUGCACCAAUGGGAUUCUGCUCCCUUUCUGGUAACUUGGAUUAGAUUCUUAUUCUCGACACUAAACCAUGUGAGAGUUGGAUGAAGCCAGUUCUUCCAAAAUAAAGAUAAUGAAUGAAGAAUGACAAACUUGGGUGCCUGGAGUUUUAGUUUUUUACCCAGUUGCUUUCAAAAACAGCAUGCGAACAUUCUUAAUUAUAUUACCGUCACGUCAUGUCCAGCGGCUAGUGGCGUCAUGCUGCUCACGACAACACGUCGGCCUCACCGGUUCUAAUCUGACAAGUACAGGAUGUUCAGGUCAAAGGUCAUGCUCAGUGUCUGAGUAUUUUUAAGGUUCUAUCAAUAUAUACACGCUCAACUAAAAGAGAACACCAGUGCUCUCUGCUCAUCAACUUCCGGUUUCCAAACCCAUAUGCUGUGUUAUGGUCUUUCCAUUUUAGACUUUAUUUUUUCAUUUUGAUUCAAAGAAUCCUACGUUACACUGAAUAUUUGCAUCCUGUAUUUCGUCUGUCAUCUUUAAAUCACCCGAUUGUGGAAAUUUACACAUGAUUGUCCAAAAUUACCCCCAAAAAAAACGUCAGUCUCUUUGAUGUUGAUGUUAAAAAUAUAUUUUAUGCAUGUAAGCAGCUGACCGAUUAAGUCAUGAAACAGUGUUCCUUUCACUAUUUCUAUUUUUUUUCUCUAACUGUAAUUAAAUGUAAAAAUACAAUAGAUUAUUACUAAAUAAUUACUUAAAUGAAGAUUGUUUAAACAUGAAGACUUUUCUAAAUAGGAAUCCACUUUAUUGACAAAGCUCUGUAAUUAAAGAUAUUAAUCAUA